CGGUUGAGGUUUUGCAGAUUCCAAACUGUCUGCUAGCCUCUCUCUAUCCUCCUCUCCUAUGUUGUAUCUUACUUACAACACAUACACUGUGUCUGUGUUUUAAAAUUCAUUUUCUUCUCAAACAAAACACACACACACACACACAAUGGCCACCACUCUCAAUCUUCAUCUUUUUCCAGCCCAACAAUUCCUCCAAUCCAAGAUUCAACACAAUAGAAGAAACCCCACUUCCACUUUCACCAAAUUAAAUGGGUCUUACAGAUUUUCUGGAAUUAAAUGCUCUGUUUCAAAUGGGAAGCUGCCUAAUUCAACUGAGGAAGAUGAGGAGGAGGAGAAGAAGAAGAGGAUCCGGGCUGAAUUGUCUGCUCGAAUUGCUUCUGGAGAAUUUACAGUUGAGAAAUCAGGUUUCCAGUCACAGUUGUUGGACGGUUUGGCAAAAUUGGGGGCUCCCAGUGAGGUACUCGAUGUCUUAUCUAAGUGGAUUGGUGCCAGUGAAGACUAUCCAAAGAUUCCAGAGGCAAAAGGAGCUAUUAGUGCUAUUAGAAGCGAAGCCUUUUUCAUCCCUCUGUAUGAGCUUUACCUCACUUACGGUGGAGUUUUUAGAUUGACAUUUGGUCCAAAGUCCUUUUUGAUAGUUUCUGAUCCUACUGUAGCCAAGCACAUAUUAAGGGAUAACUCUAAGGCUUAUUCAAAAGGUAUCUUGGCAGAAAUCUUAGAGUUUGUAAUGGGUAAAGGACUUAUCCCAGCUGAUGGGGAAAUAUGGCGUGUUAGACGACGUGCUAUAGUCCCCGCAUUGCAUCAGAAAUAUGUAACUGCAAUGAUAAGCAUGUUUGGACAAGCAACAGAUCGCUUGUGCGCAAAGCUGGAUGCUGCUGCAUCUGAUGCAGAGGAUGUGGAGAUGGAGUCACUUUUUUCCCGUCUAACUUUGGAUAUUAUUGGAAAAGCUGUCUUCAAUUAUGACUUUGACUCUUUAACAAAUGAUACUGGAAUAGUAGAGGCUGUAUACACCGUCCUGCGGGAAGCGGAAGAUAGAAGUGUUUCCCCAAUCCCAUUCUGGGAAAUUCCCAUUUGGAAAGACAUUUCGCCAAAGCUUAAAAAGGUGAAUUCAGCGCUCGAGUUGAUAAAUGGAACACUGGAUGAUCUUAUUGCCAUAUGUAAGAGAAUGGUAGAUGAAGAAGAGUUACAAUUUCACGAAGAAUACAUGAAUGAAACAGAUCCUACUCCUAGUAUUCUCCAUUUUUUGUUGGCAUCUGGAGAUGACGUCUCAAGUAAGCAGCUCCGUGAUGAUCUGAUGACAAUGCUUAUAGCUGGACAUGAAACAACUGCUGCAGUGUUGACAUGGACUUUUUAUCUUCUUUCCAAGGAACCUAGUGUCAUGUUGAAGCUUCAAAAUGAGGUUGAUUCAGUUUUAGGGGAUAGAAUUCCGACCAUUGAAGACAUGAAGAAACUUAAGUAUACAACUCGAGUGAUCAAUGAAUCAUUGAGGCUCUACCCACAACCACCGGUUCUGAUCCGACGCUCUCUUGAAGAUGACAAACUUGGCGAGUACCCAAUAAAAAGGAAUGAAGAUAUAUUCAUUUCAAUCUGGAACUUACAUCGCUGUCCUCAAAGGUGGGAAGAUGCAGAUAAAUUUAAUCCUGAAAGGUGGCCUUUAGAUGGACCCAACCCAAAUGAGACCAACCAGGCUUUUAGCUAUUUACCCUUUGGUGGAGGACCAAGGAAGUGUGUAGGGGACAUGUUUGCAUCAUUUGAGGCUAUAGUAGCAGUUGCAAUGCUUGUUCGUCGAUUUAACUUCCAAAUGGCACUUGGCGCUCCUCCUGUGAAAAUGACUACAGGGGCAACCAUACACACAACAGAAGGGUUGAAUAUGACAGUUACAAAAAGAAUAACACCUCCAGCAGUUACAGCAGAGACAUCGUCGUUGAAAGAUGAUUCCUCCGUAAACAUGAGUAGAGAGGCUGUAGCUGAUCAGAAAGGUGAAGUUUCUGUAGCACGGACUUAGGUAUACACCAGUUUUGCCACUGGAUCUUCAUUUUUCGCCAAGUCACAGCAUGAGGAUAUUCAAGGUCGUGCAAGCAAGUUCCUAGUGCGAUCAACUAAUGAUCAACAGUAUUAAUUUUGAAACCAAAAAUCUUUGUAUGUGCAGCAAUGUUCAAAGAUAAAAAUGAUUUCAGAAUUUCUGUGUUCUUGUAUUCCAAUAUAUCAAAAUAGUUAUAUUUUCAGAUGGUUCAC